AUGCGUCUCGGCAUCACCUUAUUCUUUGUGGCACUUGUGGGGCCAGCGCUUGCACUUCCAAAAUGGAGACGUGAAGCCGCGAACGAUGACCCUACUGUCGUUAAUCCCUCACAAAUCGAAGGACUGACGGUACCAUCACCUGAAACUGCUCCUGAGGUCGAGGAGGGUACCACAACAUCGGCUGAACCUCUUGUAGAAUCAGAAGAAAAAACUAGCACGUCUUCUGAAGAUCUUCCUGAGCCUGAAGAAGAGACAGACACGAUGGCGAAUGAGACAUCUACGGAACCUUAUUCGCCUGCGCCCCCUAAAAAGGCUAGAUUUAUUUGUACUCCAACUGUGUGUAUUCCAUGCCUUACCGUGUGUCCCCCCAUUGCUGGAGUACCUUUUGUACCUGGAGUUCCUGCAGUCCCAAUGAUGCCCGGAAUACCUGGCGUACCAGCAAUACCUGCUGUGCAGCCUAUAGCUGGAGUACAGCCUGUACCUGCCGUAGUGCCCGUGCCUGUGCCAGUGCCCGUGCCUGUUGCAGGCCUGCCGAAUAUACCUGGUUUACCAAACAUACCAGGCCUUCCGAAUAUACCGGGUCUACCAAACAUACCAGGUCUGCCUAAUAUACCAGGACUGAACCAGCCGGCACAACCAAACGCGCCCCAACCAAACGCUCCAGCUCCUGCAAUACCAGGGAUGCCGAAUAUACCAGGUCUGCCUAAUAUACCAGGAGUGAACCCGCCGGCGCAGCCAAACGCACCCCAGCCGAAUGCACCUAAUCCUGCAAUACCAGGUUUGCCAAACAUACCAGGUCUGCCUAAUAUACCAGGAGUGAACCCGCCGGCGCAGCCAAACGCACCCCAGCCGAAUGCACCUAAUCCUGCAAUACCAGGUUUGCCAAACAUACCAGGUGUGCCUAAUAUACCAGGAGUGAACCCGCCGGCGCAGCCAAACGCACCCCAACCAAAUGCACCCCAGCCAAACGCACCUGGUCCAGCAAUACCAGGUUUACCAAAUAUACCAGGUCUGCCUAACGUACCAGGUCUGCCCAACGCACCAAAUCUUCCCAACAUUCCAGGUCUACCAAAAGUGCCAGGCCUGCCCAACAUACCAAAUCUUCCCAACAUGCCAAACCUUCCCAAUAUACCAGGUCUGCCCAACAUACCAGGCCUGCCCAACAUACCAGGUAUUGGAGAUAUAAUAAAAAAGGUUAUCAUGGGAUAA